AUGGUUCCAUACCCCGUAGGCCAUCUGGCUCUUCAUUCACGGCUGAUUCAGCAAGUCAUCCUCAGAAAAUGCAAAUCGAUAGGCCUCGGACCUCCUGUACAUACGGCGGAGGUCAGUGGCUCGAGGAACACAAAAAAAGCGACGCGCAUAUAGGCCCUUGGGCGGGCGACGCUGCCUGACCCAGCGGUGCGACCUUCGCCGCCUCUUUUGCCAUCAGGGGUCGUCGGCAAAAGACACUGCGAGAGAGCCGGAGGGUGUCGCAGAAAAAACGAGCGCGAUGCCAAAGACUGUGCAGUAUGGGCACAGUGA